GUUUAGCUCAUAUCGAUAGUUGAUGUCGACCGGUUGCGUCAGAAGGAAGGUGCCAAGUUAAAAAAGUCACAAAGUUUUCUUCUCAAAAUAAACAAAAAAUCAUGUCGCACGGAACCGUUGAUAAAGGUGAAAUAAUGGACCAGGUGAAGCAACAGAUUGCCGUUGCAAAUGCCCAGGAAUUGCUCACACAAAUGACCACAAAGUGCUUUAAAAAGUGCGUUGGCAAGCCCGGAACAUCACUGGAUGCAUCUGAGCAGAAAUGUGUGUCCCUGUGUAUGGAUCGCUUCAUGGAUUCAUGGAACCUUAUCUCCCGAACUUAUGGCCAGAGAUUACAACGUGAGCAGUCGAAUAUGUGAGCGACUUGAGCAGUCAUUGCGGCCUGAAAUGACGCCUCUGACUACUCGUUGUAGUUAGUUCUAUUUAGUUCUACCCGUUCUUAAAAAAGAAAUCCAUUAAAACAAAUUUUUCAUACAUAAA